AUGUCUCUGGAGGAGUCUUGCGUGAAAAGAGGGAGAGCAAUCUUUGAAAAGAUGUCAUCAGUAAAUGGCCACAGCAACAGCUUUGAAGUGGGGUCUCGUAAACCUGUAAGAGGACCUAAAGAGAGCACUCCCAGGGCUGAUAACACACUGCUGGAUUUCCAGGAGAAUGUCUCCUUUAAAGAAAGAAUGGCUAUGUACAAGGCUGCUGUGUCCUUUGCUCAUGGUUCACAGAAAACCAAGUUCUGUACCGUGCCUGGUACAGUAGUGGAAGCCGUGCGGAAACAAUUCGAGAAAGUACAGAGGAUCUCUCCACAGAAGACCUUUGCUCAGUACCAACAGCAGCAUAGAUCUGCACAGGUUUCUCAUCGUGAGCAAGUUACUCAUGAAAUAAAAAUGGCUUCUACAUCCACUGAGCAUGACACAGCAAUCAAUUCAGCUCAGAAUGAAGAGCUCCCAAAGACUGUAACAGAGAUUUUAAAACAGCAAAUUGAAAAGGCAGCUCAAGAAAGGGCUGUUCACUCUGACAGAGACACCACAUCAUCUGCAAAAGAAGUAAAGAAGCUGCAGAUUCAAGAAAAUGAAACAUGCAAACUCUGCCAACAGAGAGUUUACCCAAUGGAAUGUCUUGUUGCUGACAAGCAGAAUUUUCAUAAAUCAUGUUUCCGAUGUCAUCACUGUGGCAGUCAAUUGAGCUUGGGAAAUUAUGCAUCACUUCAUGGAAAAAUAUAUUGUAAACCCCAUUUUAAGCAACUUUUCAAGUCAAAAGGAAAUUAUGAUGAAGGUUUUGGACACAAGCAGCAUAAAGAAUUAUGGAGUUCUAAGGAUCAACAAAGUUCAGUUGACAGUACUCACACUGAAGAAACAAAUCCCAUUAACAGUAUACCCAUUGAUCCUAAACCAAUUACAGAAGUUGAUAAAGACUUGUACUCAGGUACUGAAGGUGCUCAUGCUGAUAUUUUGGAUAAUAAUUUGAAAAAAUCCACAGAAAGAGGUAAAUUAAAGAUGUCAUGGCCUCCUUCAACAGAUGAUGAAACAUCUAAGAAAACAUUUUCUAUUGAAGAAGUAGCUAAAGUAAAUAAGUCAAAGUGGCCCCCAGAAGGUUUUGUUCAAGAAAAUUCUAGUUUGAACACAAAUAAACCUCUGGGCAACAAAAUCGAACCUCAGAAAAAACACACUGAGAUGGAGCAAAAUAAAAAUAACACUGCAAAUGCACAACAAAAUCAACACUCAUCCUUUAGCUCUCUGUCUGAAAAAGAAGCAAACAAAAAUGAAGCAGGCAAUAAGGGAAAUGAUGAGAAAGCUGGGAACAUGCCAGAUAAGCUGAAUAAACCAGAAGCAUCACAGAAUAAGGAGGAAAGUGGAAAGGAUAUUAAGGAAGGUGAUAAUGUGAUUGUGAAUAGUGCUGGGAAGGAGCAAGGGAAAAAAAUUAAUGAAAUUGAUGAUUCAGAAGUUGUACAGGUUACUAAUAUUGAUGAUGUAACAGUACAAAGGAAUCACAAAGAAUGCAGCUUGAAUAACAACAACAAUAAUAAUUACGCCACUUUUUCACAUCUAAACAUUUGUAGAGAGGAAAGAACUCUCUCAGCUAUGUCUAAGACAACGGUAAGCCCUGUGAUUUGCACUGAAUCACAGCAUGCCUUUGCAAAGCUGGACAGUCAGUCUGGAAAUGAAGAAAUAUUUGAGAUGUAUGAACCUCAUGAGAGCUAUUCUAGUGAUACUGUAACUGUUUCACAGGAUGAACAGGACUCAAAAGAUGAAGAUGCCGUUACCUCUAAGAGUCUUGCUCAAUUUAACAAUGAUGCCACUUUUCAGAAGUCUCAUACUAAUAGCACAUUAGGUUUAAAGGAGGCAACUAAUACAACAUUGCCUGUUGAUAUCGAGUUGGUGUGCAUUGGAGAGGAAUCCAAAUACAACAAAAAGGACAAAAAUUUAUAUACUAUUUUAUCUAACACUAUGAAAACAUCUUUUCUUAAAAAAGACAAGCUGGUUUUAAACUGUGGUCUAAUAGACUCUGCAGACAUAAGUAAAAGCUCCUGCACACCAUAUUCAAAAGAACGUGGAAAUUGUGAUACAGAAGUGAAUUAUAUUAAUGCUUGUCAAGGAAGUGAAAUAAAAAAAGUGGCAAAAAAUGACAUAAAAACAAGCUCAGAUUUACUGUGCUCAAGACAUACUGCUGUUCCAUCAUUCCAAGGCAAGAAAGUCAAGUUCAAACAGCUCAUUGUAGAGCAACAAAUUAAAAGAAAUAGAUUUUAUGAUGAAAAUUAUUAA